CCUUUGUCCCUCCCAAAAUGUCGUUGCAAAGUCCUGCAGAAAUUGGUCUAUCUUCUACGGGAAAAUAUCCCAUCUUGACGCCUAUGAAGGCCAUCUUCACAAAAUAAUUGAUGGUAUCCCAGAGGGCGUCGCUACGUGCGCAAAUUCAUUGUUCGCGGUGCCAUGGCCCUCGAGGCUGUUCUCUUAGCGCACAAAGGACAAUGCAAGAUUUGACCAGCGUCAGUGGCACUCCUUUAUUCACAAAACGUGGUACAAUAGUCCCGUGGUUGGCCUUUGUCAUUGACAAACUAGUGCCACUUCUUUUGCUUAAAUUGCCGUGAGGCUUGUCCUUUCACUUUACAAUCUCUUCCCAUCUUCAACUACCAUGGCUCCAGCUCGCACUACGAAAAGAAAAGCCCCCUCUGAACCUCACUCUGAGACAGCUCGCAAGCGGAUACGUACCGAAGUUCAAUCAUCAAGACUCGUGAACGUCCGGGGCGCUUUGGAUAAUUUCCUGCAUUUUUAUUCUGACAAACCUGAGUACAAGAGUGUUCCACCCCCAUCACUCAGAAUACCAAAGUCCCGCAGGCCAGAUCCGCUUUAUGUAGACCAUUGUUUAUACAUCAAAACAAUCGGUCAAGGCAGCACCUGCACUGUGGGAGUAGUAGAGUCAAUGCGCGAUGAACACCCACUAGACAAGCCGGCCACUUUAUUCGCCGUCAAAAUCGUGAGAAAAGUCGUUAUGCGGGUGAAUGAAGACGAUCUCGAUGCCCAGCCGCCAAAAGGAGAUCACCAUAAUGUCAAGAACACCGAACGUACUUGUCUGGGCACCCUCCCUUGGAAUGCCUUUGUCGCAGGAAUGAUCAGUACGGACUCUGACAACUUCAAUUUCUACACUCUCCUGGAGUACUUCUCGGGGGGUUCACUGCAAAACAUCUUGGACGGCCAUGGUGCCCAAUCACCCAGGCAGGCAAGGUUCUACAUUGCCUGUAUAGCCCUUGGUGUCGAUUUCCUACAUCGUAACGGAGUGCUCCACUGCGAUAUCAAGCCGGACAACAUCCUCAUGUGCACUUCUGGAUACCCGGUCCUAGCGGAUUUCGGCAACAUCCGCGAUGUCGACGCCCUAAAGAAGGAUCAGAGGGAAUGGUUUGUGCUGGGCACAUCCGCGUGGAUGUGUCCCGAGAUACACAAAGAAAGCAAAACGCCGCCGCCCAAAUGCUCGCCUACUAUGAUCGAUUGGUGGGCUCUCGGUUGUAUUCUCUUUAGUCUGAUUGGGGGGCGUUCUCCUUUCAUCGCAAGCGGCGACCAACAUGAUGGACCCGUAAUUGCAAGAGUCGUCAACCGCGACUUUGUGCAGCCUAUCGAUUCCUUGCCUGCGGGACCCAAUUGCAAGGACUUGAUAUCCAGAUUCCUGCGCGCAGACCCAUACGCACGCAUCGGUGCUAAUGGACACGGUCUCCAAGAGAUAAAAUUACAUCCCUGGAUGCAAAAUAUCAUCUGGCAUAAAGUUUUCGCUAGGGAAUAUCUGGCUCCGUUGAUGAUGACUGCCGUACCAGAGACGAAGCAACCACACCUGUAUCCGCUUCCCAGGCAGAUCCGGGUACCAGAUAUGGAGGUAUGGACACCGCCAGUUCAUUUGGCGUAUAUGCCGCCCAAGGCCAAGAAGACACCCGUGUAGGUUGGGGGACCCUGCCGAUCCGAGCGCAUGUCUCUCAUCUCUGUAUCUUUCCAUCUCUACAUUGCGAAAUGAUCGUCACGACGAUGACCCUCCUGUCGGACCCGCCCUUCUUUCUACGGAAUAACUUAUUGUUCUACGAGGCCCCAGACUGUUUUAUUUCUUUUUGUAUUUUAGAACGCGCCUUUUCUAUUUUUGUAUCACGCGGAUGCGUAGCUCAUUGUACGGAAAUGCCACGGUGCUGCGUCGCCAAAUAAUAGGCUGUGCACAUGUUGCCAGUUUUACUCCGUAGCCCCGCGUUAGUGACCGUGAGUUCCGCGUCCGAAGCAAGCACAAAGCGAGG